UCUUUGAUACUGAGGAUUGCUAUUACUAACACUGCCAAUGCUAAUUUACACGCUCCAAAAAUGUUCAACAUUUCCAUAACCUGUCAUCUCAGCACAAUCUGAUCGACCUGAUCCCACCUGUUCUGCCCUUGGCAUGAUGCUGUGCUCUAAUCUCCGCCCGUCGCUCCCUCACCUCUUUUCUAUGAGGCUUCUUGGUACUGCCGCCACCAGGACUGCGGCGGUCAAGCAGCCGGAGCUUCUCCCAGCAAGCCUGACCUUUGAGGAUCCCAGUGCCUUCAGGGUGAAGAGCCUGGGGGAGCUUCUCCGUGCUCUUGGUGUCUUCCGUCUGUGCUCCUUCCCUGUGCUGGUCAACAACUGUGGAAAGAUGAUGACAGGAGCACGGAUCCUCCUGGGGAGGAGGGGGUUCUCUUUACUGCUGCGGCCAACUGUAUACGCCCAGUUUGUGGCUGGAGAAAACGAGAAGGAGAUCUCCCAGUCCAUGGGGAAGAUGAGCUUGCUAGGACUGAGGCCCAUGUUGGCUGUUCCUAUAGAAGAAGACCUUGGAGAAAGCACUGGAGAAAAGAGAUACGACGACAACAUGGAAGCCAUGCUGGAAUGUGUGAGAAUGUCCCACAGCAACGCUUGGAGCAAAGACCCCAUGAUGCAGCUGAAGAUCACGGCUCUGCUCAGCCCCGAGCUGUGUGUCAAACUCACAACCCUGCUUGCAUGUCAACCAUUCGAUCUGAGCCACCUUGUCCGAGCAUUGGAUGGAACAAUGAUAACAUUUCCUGGAUUAGAGGAAAAGGAGGCGGUUCAUUUCCUGUGUGGUCUGCGGAGACUGAACAAAAUAGCAGAGGCCAGUGUGAACAAAGUCAGAGUGCUGGUUGAUGCAGAGUACACCUACAUGAACCCAGCUCUCACUCUUAUCACCAUGGCGCUGAUGAAGAAGUUUAACAAAGAUGGUGCUUGGAUCUGGAACACCUAUCAGUGUUAUCUAAAGGAGUCCAGGUCUCUGCUGUUAGAGGCUCUGCAUCUGUCACAGACUGAGGGCUUCUGUCUGGGGGUCAAACUGGUACGAGGAGCCUACAUGGACAAAGAACGAAAGCUGGCUGAGAAGGAGGGCCGGGUAGACCCCAUACAUCCCAGCUGGGAGGAGACCAAUAAGAGUUACAAUGGCUGCCUGGAUGUGAUGCUGGAAGCCAUAUCACAGAAACCUGACCGCUACAGGAUCAUCGUGGCUACUCACAAUGAGGAGUCUGUGAGACGAGCUGCUGAAAGGAUGGAGGAGCUGGGGAUAGACAAAGAUGGAGGCUCGGUGUGUUUCGGCCAGCUGCUGGGAAUGUGUGAUCAUGUCUCCCUCACACUGGCUAAGGAAGGCUAUCCUGUUUAUAAGUCGGUGCCAUAUGGCUCAGUGGAUGACACUCUGCCCUACCUGGUGCGCCGGGCCCAGGAGAACCGCACCGUGUUACAGGGCAUUCGCAAAGAAAGAGACCUGCUGAGGCAGGAGCUCAGAUACCGGAUGAGGCUGAGGGGGCGCCAAUAAAACAAAUUGAUAAACGCAGAGACUAAAGACAUGGAGGACCAGGAGAAAGCUGGUAUGAAUGCUGCUUAGACUCGGUAACAAUCUGGACCCAAAGACAUGCUAGCAGUAGUUUUACCAAUGGUGUAAGGACUAUAGGAGCAGGCUGCAUGGGCUUAAC